UAAAGGACACUCUAAACGUAUAACCGGUCUCGCCUUUUCUCAUGUGCUAAAUGUGCUUGUCUCGUCUGCCGCUGAUGCUCAGAUUUGCAUAUGGAGUUCGGAUGGAUGGGAAAAACAAAAGACACUAUACGUUCAACUCCCACCAGGGAGAACACCAUCACCACAAUCCGACACGCGUGUGCAGUUUCAUCAUGAUCAGACCCAUUUUCUUCUUGUUCACGAGACUCGAUCAACUCGCCAUCUAUGAAACGACAAAACUAGAAUGCGUAAAACAGUGGAUUCAACGUGAAAAUUCAGCCCCGAGAUCGCAUGCGACCUUUUCAUGCGAUAGUCAACUGAUAUACGCAAGUUUCUUCAAUGCAACCGUUUGCGUGUUCACCGCCUCUCACCUUCUCCUUCGAUGCAAGAGUAACCCCUCUGCCUAUCUUACAAGGUAUUUGUCAGUUUGGUUCUUUUGAGAAAGAAAUCUUGAUUUUCGAUGUUUGACAAAAACUCAUGUCUUGUCUGUAACCUUAACGUGCACCCCACGGUGAUUGCGGCUCAUCCACAAGAACCAAAUCAAUUUGCAUUAGGGCUUUCUGAUGGAACCGUUCAUGUUUUGGAACCGUUUGAAUCUGAUGGCAGAUGGGGCGUGCCACCACCGGCUGACAACGGGUCCACAAGCACAGUACCGGCUACACCGCCAGCGGCUGGUUCAGGGUCAGAACAACCGGCACAGAGGUGACCACUAGUACAAAAAGAGACAUCUAAUAUGUCAGUUUUUCAAUCAAAUAUGACGGUAUAUUAAUCGUCUUAAAAGACACCGUCAUUUUUGGUCAUUAGCGUCAUAUUUGGUAUUAAAACCUUUUAAGACGUUUCAAUAGACCGUCAUAUUUGAUAUGUUUUAAGGUUCCAUAUUAAAGCCUAAUAUGACGUUUGUGUUUGUUAACCGUCAUAUUUAAUAUAUAUAAAGCGUCAUAUUAAAGCCUAAUAAGACGGUUUGUGGUGUGUUAAUAAGACGGUUUCGAUGUAUUGACCGUCAUAUUUAUAAAGCAUUAUAUUAAAGCCUAAUAAGACGGUUUGUGGUGGGGCUAACAGCCGGUUGGUUAGGUGGUGCAUCCAUAUAUUUCACCCAAUUCAUGUUGAUUCACGAGAUUUACAAACACAUAUAUGAAAAGGAUAUACCAAACAAUGAACCGUUUUAUAAAUAGCUAAAGAAUCCAUCUUGACCCAUUAGUCUAAAGCAUUCAAUUUAACAAA